CAUAUGACAGUGCAUACGGGUGAAAAAUCAUUUGAAUGUGAAAUUUGCACCAAACAGUUUUCAACGAAACCACUUUUAAAAGCUCAUGUAAGAGUGCAUACUGAUAAAAAACCAUUUGGAUGUGAAAUUUGCACCAAACAUUUUUUAACAAAGGGUAAUUUAAAAUCGCAUAUAAGAGUGCAUACUGGUCAAAAACCAUUUGAAUGUAAAACUUGCACCAAACAAUUUUCAACCAAGGGUAAUUUAAAAGCACAUAUGACAGUGCAUACAGGUGAAAUAACAUUUAAAUGUGAAAUUUGCAAUAAACCGUUUUCAACCAAGGGUAAUUUAAAAGCACAUAUGCCAGUGCAUACAGAUGAAAAAUCAUUUAAGUGUGAAAUAUGCGCCAAACAAUUUUCAUCAAAGUGGAAUUUAAAAGCACAUCUGAUAGUGCAUCCUGGUCAAAAAUCAUUUGAAUGUGAAAUUUGCACCAAACAGUUUUCAACGAAAUCACUUUUAAAAGCUCAUGUCAGAGUGCAUACUGGUGAAAAACCAUUUGGAUGUGAAAUUUGCAAAAAACAGUUUUCAACGAAACACGGUUUACAAUCGCAUAUGACAGUGCAUCCUGGGGAAAAACCAUUUAAAUGUGAAAUUUGCAAUAAACAGUUUUCAGCGAAACCACUUUUAAAAUUGCAUAUGAGAGUGCACUCUUGUGAAAAACCAUUUGCAUGUGAAAUGUGCACCAAACAGUUUUCAACGAAACCACUUUUAAAAGCUCAUGUAAGAGGGCAUACUGGUGAAAAACCAUUUGGAUGUGAAAUUUGCACCAAACAGUUUUCGACGAAAUCACAUUUAAAAUCGCAUAUAAGAGUGCAUACUGGGGAAAAACCAUUUAAAUGUGAAAUUUGCAAUAAACAGUUUUCAGCGAAACCAAUUUUAAAAUUGCAUAUGAGAGUGCACUCUUGUGAAAAACCAUUUGAAUGUGAAAUGUGCAAAAAUCAGUUUUCAACGAAACACGAUUUAAAAUCGCAUAUGACAGUGCAUCCUGGUGAAAAAUCAUUUAAAUGUGAAAUUUGCACCAAAAAAUUUUCAACGAAACAAAAUUUAAAUACGCAUAUGAGAGUGCAUACGAGUGAGAGACUAUUUGAAUGUGAAAUUUGCAAUAAACAGUUUUCGAGAAAACAAAUUUUGGAAUUGCAUAUGAGAGUGCAUACUGGUGAAAAACCAUUUGAAUGUGAAAUGUGCAAAAAACAGUUUUCAACGAAAGACAGUUUACAAUCGCAUAUGACAGUGCACCCUGGUGAAAAAUCAUUUAAAUGUGAAAUCUGCACCAAACAGUUUACAAAGAAACUACUUUUAAAAUCGCAUAUGAUAGUGCAUACUAAUGAAAAACCAUUUGAAUGUGAAAUUUGCAAUAAACAGUUUUCAAGAAAAUAUGUUUUGAAAUUGCACAUGAGAGUGCGUCAUGGUGAAAAAUCAUUUUAAUUUGUAAUUUGCACCAAACAGUUUUCAACGAAACACGUUUUACAAUCGCAUAUGAUAGUGCAUCCUGACGAAAAAUCAUUUAAAUGUUAAAUCUGCACCAAACAGUUUUUAACGAAACAAGUAAAUCACUCA